UCGAUUCUCAAGAAACUCUUUAUUAUAUAGUACAACUUAUGAAGGAGAGGGAUAUCCGAUUUUUCAAUUAAUUUAUAUUAAAAAAAAACCCAUACCUGAUCGUGUUUUGUGAGUUUCAAAAUUUCCAACAACCAUUCAUCGGCGGGAUUUACAGAGAUGGAACCUUUUUCCGGCGACCCAGUUUCCACCUCGUAUUGGGAUCACUUUGUUUUUCUUCUUCUCCGUCCGACUAUCGCCGUUGUCUUUAGCAUCUCCGUCCUCUUAUUCGGGUGGUUCUUGGCAUGGAAGCUGGUGCUUGUUCAUGUGCCUUUGGUGCAGGAGAUAUUUGGUCUGCGGAAAAAACCCGUCAGGCCAAAGCCAGCUGGUAGAAGAAGGUUCACUCAGUUUUACAAUAGGAUUAAUGCUCAGAAUCAGAUCUUGGAGUUAAACCCGCUGCAGAACUCAGCAGGAGAUUGAGUUGCUGUCGAUGAUGCCACCUGCCGUAACUUUGCAACUGUAACCUAUUUGACAGCUGAAAAAAAGUGUAAGCUUAAAAAAUGGCAUCCAUAAACAGAUAAGCUAAAGAAGAAGAGUUUUGAAGCUGUGUUUUAUUUAUUUAUUUAUUUAUU